AUGUGAUUAUAAUAAUUGGGAAUCCUUUUUUGAAACACAAUUCUUAGUUUGAAUUUACACGAAUUCAACUAAAUUGAGUAAAGAUUAAACGAAAGUUCUAAUUUUGAUUUGGUACCAGUAUAAACUUUUGAUCGAGCAGAGCAUCAAAAUUAAUGUAGAAAAAAGAAAAAGUGGAAAGAGAGUCCGUGACAGAAACGGUGUUCGCAAGAUGUUUAUUUAGCAAGCGUGAACUUUAUACGAUUCCAAACGUAGUGUUGUGUGUAUAAAUCUGAUUCCUCUUCUUCCUUCCUUCAUUUUCUUUAUCUUUCUCGUUAGUUAUUACCACCUUAGUAACUCUUCCUUGAUUAGCUCCGAAAUUUUAGAGUAGAGAAAACAUUUUUCAAUAAAAAUGGCUUUUCAUCUGUUGGUAAUGUCUGAUUUGGGUGUGCAUUAUUGUUUGCUUCAUUAGCCUAACAAAGCACAGUGUUUUUGCCAACUCACCAAGUGUUGUUUGCCCAUGGCGAGAGUUUUCUGGACUGCCAUUGCUAUAGCACUAGUUUUCAGCAGCUGGGUUGAUGGGUUCGAAGGUUAUUAUGAACAUCAAUUCAAUGAAACAGAGUUGUCUUUAUUAGAGGCUCAUGAAGCUUCCUUAUCCUACGCCGGGAGUAAUCUUCUGCUGGUAGGACUCACCCUUGUGCAAAAUGCUGCUGCUAAAGGAGCAGUUUGCUUGGAUGGAACAUUACCCGGUUAUCAUUUGCACCGGGGAUAUGGAUCAGGAGCAAAUAGCUGGCUUAUUAAUUUAGAGGGUGGUGGAUGGUGUAAUAAUAUCAGAACAUGUGUUUAUCGCAAGAAAACUCGGCGUGGAUCAUCAGAUUUCAUGGAAAAAGAGAUAUAUUUUACUGGAAUAUUGAGUAAUAAGGCUGAAGAAAAUCCAGAUUUUUUCAACUGGAAUAGAGUAAAGCUUCGUUAUUGUGAUGGUGCCUCAUUUGCUGGGGACAGUGAAGAUGAGACUGCUGAACUGCAAUUCAGAGGACAACGUAUUUGGACAGCUGCCAUGGAGGAUUUGAUGUCAAAGGGAAUGCGUUUUGCCGAUCAGGCUCUUCUUUCGGGAUGCUCCGCGGGUGGGUUAGCUACUAUUAUUCAUUGUGAUGAAUUUCGUGGUCUCUUUCCAAUGACCACCAGAGUCAAAUGUCUAAGCGAUGCUGGGUUGUUUCUUGAUGCGAUUGACGUAUCUGGCGGCCGUACACUCAGGAACUUAUACAGUGGUGUUGUAGGAUUGCAGGGAGCGCAGAAGAAUCUGCCUCAAAUUUGUACUAAUCACCUUGAUCCCAUCUCGUGCUUCUUUCCUCAAAACUUGAUUGCCAGUGUUAAGACCCCGCUAUUCAUUCUUAAUGCUGCUUAUGAUUCAUGGCAGAUCCAGUCCAGUUUAGCUCCUCCAUCUGCAGAUCCGCAUGGCUAUUGGCGUGAUUGUAGAUUAAAUCAUGCUAAAUGUACUGCACCGCAAAUCCAAUAUCUGCAAGGAUUCAGGAAUCACAUGCUGAAUGUUAUUAAAGACUUCGCAAGAGCAAACCAGAAUGGCUUGUUUAUUAACUCAUGUUUUUCUCACUGCCAAACUGAGAGACAGGAUACAUGGUUUGCUGACAAUUCUCCUGUUAUUAGGAACAAGGCUAUUGCUCUGGCUGUUGGAGAUUGGUAUUUCGAUCGAGCAGGUGUUAAGGUUAUUGAUUGUCCAUACCCUUGUGAUAAUACGUGCCAUCAUCUGAUUUUCAGAUGAGCCAAACUUCAUCCAUCGUCUCAUUCAUUUCUGCGCUACUUCUCAUAAGUGGAGGAUUAUGUCAUUCAAUUAAAUUAUGGAAAACAAAUAAAAAAAAAAACUGAGAAUGCCAAGUUGGGAAAACAAAUCUAUCGACCAUUACCAUGUUGGGAAUGCCAAGUUGCAGCAAUAACCAAAUGUUAUAGUUUAGUUCCCUUCUAGCUUACAAUGAAAAAGAACGUGUACCAACAAAGUUUGGCACACUUAGCUGCAGAUUUCUGUGUUUUUAACUGUCUUAGGAAUUUGGUUCAUGAUUGUGUAUGUGACAAAACUUCAUUACAAAAGGUAGCACUCAUUUAAGUACUUUA